CCGGUUGUGUAUAUUCUCAAUGACCGAUGUUAUAAUAUAUAACACUUUAGCACAUUGGUGGUAUGAGAGCUGAAGUUACUGUGGACUGAGGUCAGGUUUCUGGUCGGAAAUAGAGUAGCGCCCUCUAUGUUAAACCCGGAAGUGAUUAAACCAUCAGGAUUUUGAUACUUACAUGCACGUUGUGGGAAGACCUGUCUAUCCCCCCCGUUCAGUAUAACAACGAUAUGGCGCAGUACCCCAGCGUCGAGUAUCUUCAAGAAAAGUUGAGGGAAGGGCUAAGUGCAGAAUAUGUGAAAAUUCUGGACAUCAGUGACUCUGGAUGCAUUGGUGGAAAGUAUAAGGCUCUGAUUGUGGCGAAGAAGUUUGAAGGCAAGACAUUGGUACAAAGACAUAGACUUGUCAAUUCCUGUUUGGAAGAAGAAUUGAAGGGUCCUAUCCAUGCUUUCUCAAUGAAGACAUUUACACCAGAACAGUGGGAAGACAGACAAAUAUCAAGUUGAUUUUUUUUUUGUCAUUGCUGGCUCUAAAAAUCUAUAAAAAUCUGGUUAUAGAUCAUUUAUCAUAAACUGUGUUAAUAUUUCUCAUUCACAGAAUGUAUCAUAACAUUAAUAGUGAGAUGUUCAUUAUACAUUGUUACAUAGAAGUUUGAUACAACUCACUCCUGAACAAUUUUAACAAAACCCCAAAAUAAAUUUGUCUAAAACUAUUGGCAGAAAA